AAACAGGAGAGAGAGUGCGCCACUGUCGAUAUUGCUGUAGCAGGGGAUAAGAGAAUUGUUGAAAAGGUUAAAAAAUAUCAGAAGCUUAAAGGGAAAUUACAGAGAACUGUGAAGGUGAUACAGAUUGUUGUAGGAUCAUUCGCAGGUGUGACGAAGAACUUGGAGAAGUGGCUGGAAAGUUGGACACAAGAAUCAGUAUUUCAUUGCCCCCCAAAAACUACUCUUCUAGGGACAGAAAGGAGUUUUAAGAACAGUUCUAGAGUAAGGAGUCGAAAUCUAAGGGUCCUUUUUCAUGGGUCAUGACUCGCUCCCUUAGCAGGUACAACGCUAUGAGAUCAGCCAGUGCACAAAAAAAAAGAAAUAAUAAUGAUGAUGAUAAUAAUAAUAAUAAUAAUAAUAAUUAUUAUUAUUAUUAUUAUUAUUAUUAUUAUUAUUAUAAUUAUAAUUAUAGUAAAAGUAAUUUGAAUGAUUAUUAUAAUACUUAUAUAGUUCAUAAGAGAAAUAGGGAUGAGUGGAGUCAGGAGACCACAUAGCUUCAGUCCGGUUUGUUUAAUCAUGAGUAACAAUCAUAAUUAAACAAAGUUUGUGACAAUUUCAGAUUUUAUGAACUUUAAAACACAAGAUCUAGCGAGAUUUUUUUGCGGCUAGAAGGAAAAAAAUAAAAACAAUACAAUCAAAAAACAACAACAUUAACAUCAUGCCUGGUAUUCUGGGCCAUGGCUGUUUGUACGUUUGAUUUUGUGUUUGAAUUAGUAUUAUUUCAGUAGCUUUUAAUGCUGCUCCCAUUUCGGUGUCUGAACACCGACAUGAUAGGUCUUUAAACUUAGAGGUUGCCAGUACAAUCGACUCACGUGAAUUGUGUAAAAAAAAAAAAGCACCCCAUGUACCCCCCACCCUCAAUAAAGCUUUUUGUCUCUGGGUUGAGGGAAGAAGCUGACAUUGGGACCGAUAAGAGGUUUUCAGUCAGACCUUCUUGUACAGAGACAUCAGAAAGCUACAGCAGCAAAAGAACAAAUACAACACAAAAAAAAACAUUUCUUUUUGCCAUCGUUGAUGUCUUUAUUUUACUCUCCUCUUAUUUUUAGCGUUCAUGGACUCAAAUAUAUUGAAAACGAAUCCUUCUUAUUUGUACCAUCUGGGAAAAUUUCUGGAGCCUGCGGUUGGGAACAAUUCGCACUGGCUACUGUGCUGGCGGGCUACAUUGCACGGCUGGAAUGUCAGUACACAGUUUCACAGACGCUGCGAUGCAAAAAGAGACACAGUUACCAUAAUAAAAAAGGGUAAAUACGUUUUUGGAGGUUACACGGACAUUCCUUGGGGUAAGAAUAUUGCUUGCUCAGUUUAAAACCAAAUAGCAAUAAAACGUAAAGUUGAGCCAGACCAGUCUUCUUAACUAAUGCUGUAAGAACUAUGGAGGCUGGUUGUAACGUAUUAACGAUUCUGUAAAAUUGCGUAUAUGUUGAAUAUCUAUCCUCCCGGUUCCUUGCGAAAAAAUACAUGGACCAAAGUAUUGACUCAAUACUAUGUCUUCUACACAGGCCACCAAACUGUGACCCCCACGGGCAUUUUUGUCUGAUUUUUGGCAACAUAGCUAUUCUUACUAACUCGAGUACGCCGAUUUCGAAAAGUACUGUUGCCAAGCUCAUGCUUGUGUUAAGGUGGAGUUUUGGGGCAUUUCCUUAUCACUUCACUGUGCAAAUAAGGAGUUUCUUUCCUUUACCAAUUUUAAAUUUAAUAGAUCCAGAAAUGGUUUAAAAGGGCUCUACGUAUGUUUUAAAGACCAUUUAGAUAAUUUAUAAAACGCUGCUUCUGCGAAUUUCGAGACGUCACAUGACAAUUGACCACACCCUUUGAUAUUAAUUUCGCCCAGUUAUGACUAAAGAUGUGAUAUUUAUCAUAAUAAUUCUAUUGAGAUAAUUAAAAAGUAUAUUAAAAUAACCCAUUCUUUGAUUGCACGUGCUCUCGGCAAUUAUUGCAAAAUCUUCCCAUUCCUGCACUUUUCCUCUCACUAAAUAAGUUACAAGACCAAGGCAACUUCGAAAUUCAAGUAAGUUCGAAUAGUUUAGGAUAGCCGGAAUGCUUUAUAAAUGUAGGUGCAUGGAGACAUCCAAAAGAAAAGGAGCUGCAGCGAUUCUCUCAAUACGGACGCUGAGGAGUGGCUUUUCACAAGGACCGACGAGAGAUGUGCAAAGCUGCUAGAAGCGCAAAGGCAUGGAAAAGUGUUUGUGAUGAACAAAAUAAAGAGACAAUAAAAAGAGAAAGCGUAAGAGAUGUAACCACUCCUAGAGCUUUCCACAAGUUACUCGGCAAUUUCUCGUACUUCGAGCAACUUCUCUAGUUAUCUUAUUCUGAGAUAUGGGAGCAUCUUUUAGUGCUUCAAAUUGGGUUUUCUUCUAUAUUUCACAAUGUUUAAAUAUACAAUUUUUGAAUUUCCUAUAAAAAAAAUGGAGCCAAAUCCUCCACCCUGGGGCAGAUCAUGGGCGCAAGAUAAAAGUAGCCGGGCUGCUAGGCCAACUGCUUUUAGAGAAAAUUCAAAACGGUGGACGAAGAGUUGCAUAUUAUAGCAUCCGACCAAAAAAAGAUUUUUGUUUUUUUCGAGCAGCUUUUGAGCAACUUUGGUUACAAAAAGCAACUUUUGAUUGUUUUUUGAGCAACUUUUGAGCAACUUUUUGGGAAAUUACGGAAAACUUUUUGAAAUAUUGCGAGCAACUUGUGGAAAGCCCUAACCACUCAUGAAACUAUUUCAUAGUCAUGCUGACUCAUUCUGUAUUGUAUUGUAAUUGUAUUGUCUACAAUGGCACAGAAAUUAGUUAUCGUGACUUCAUACACAAAGUGAAAAUUGAGCUUUUGAAGGAAUAGCUAUUAAGUAAUCUCCCCAAAACCAGAAAAAGUAUUUAUUUUGACAACAAGGAGGCUUCCACUUCAUUAAAAGGGCAAGUAGCACAAAGUAGUAGAAGAAGUGACGCACCUGUACAAUGGCGUCUUUCUGUACUUUGCCAAAAAUCAAAACCUCGAGAGGCCCUCAUAUCAGUUACAGCAUUCAAUGUAAGCAAUUCAAUCCCGGCAAUUGAAUCAUCUUAUCUGGAUAUAGCCUAAAUUCGAGACGAUUACUUCCCGUCGUUUUUACUUCCUCAGUAACGUCUGAAUCGGCUGGCCGUUAAUACGUCCAGUGACGUCACUACUUCUUUGCCUUAAUUCAUUCAAAAAGUAAAACACCGUUUUCAAGUGGCAAACGAAGAAAUAUCGUCUGUAAAUGUCCACAUGAUACAGAAGUGCUUUACUCUUUUUGAUCGUAAUUCAUGUUUAACGUUUAAACUGUCAACUGCAUACAGUACUCUGAGCGAAUCUGUUGUAAGUUUAAUUGGAUUCUCAAACUCGAUCGCAAUCACGCAGAUAAAACAAGCUUAUUAAAAUACACACGGAACACUUCAAAAACCCAACGAUAUGCUUUAAUUAAAAAGAAGCUAUUUGGUAUUUAACGAAGAAGAAAGAAACAAGAAAGAAAAGUCAAACAGAAUCAUACUAGACGGUGGAAAUGACAAGACUUAAAUCCCAGAAAUUUUCGCACAAACAAAGUCACUGCCGAAAUUAACCACCAAGCAGCUCUAAAUGAAACACCUAUACCGACUCUCUGCAAUGAUUUUUCAUUGGUAGUUCAAUUUAACAGUUCAUAGUUUCGAAGACAAGGGCAAUUUUGCUGUUUACAAUAAAGAUUGUCGAUUUUUUUUUAACUCCACGCGAACAUGCCAGGCAUCCGACCCGGCAAUCCCGCUAAAAUUUCUCAUAACUAUACAAAAUUAUGCGAAUGUUUGGACAAGAAUCAACCAAUCAAACUCUACCCGGUUUUCGGGUGGUGACGUCACACUGCACGGGAUAAGCGGCCGGUCGAUUCAGACGUUGCUAAAAGAGUAAAAAAGGACUCGAGGUAAUCGUCUAAAAUUCAGGCUUAUCUGGAUAAUGCAAUAAAUUAAAUUCCGCGUAGCUGAGGUCAGCGAUCUCAUUGCUGCAAAAGGGCUUGAAAGGUAUCGCAAGAAGUGUCUGAGCGCUCAGUAUUAGACUGGUAAAAAGAAAGAAGAAUCUCAACAGGCAGUUAUCGUUAUGAUUUUAUCCGCUUUGAGUUCGGCUACUAUACUGCAGAGCGUAAACAAAUACUCCAGCUAUCUGACGUAUGGCCGGGAUAUAAUAAGCUAUCCCAAAAAACCAAUACACAAAUACCGCAGUCAUUUAUCAACAGGAAAGCAUCACGAGAAAAGUUGGAGACUUGUUCGAAUUCGUAAGUACUGAUACGGGAGAUUGCAUCAUACAUGGCAUGAUGUACGCUCCUAGUGAUGGAGUCAAGUGGAUGCCGAAACACAUCGCCCUAGGUAGUAUCCUUCAUCAAGCAACGCGUUUAACGCUGUUAGUAGAUCUACUGCACAAGGCGGGCCAUAAACAGCUACGACAGGCAAAUCUUCAAGUUGGACCCCUCACUAGCGCGAGAUACAGUCUGUUCUUGAAAGAGAUAAACGGCACCGUUGUCCUAACUGGUUUUAAACCCGGACAACUUCAAGCAGUUCACUGCUAAUAACAUUGACAUCAACGAUUCGUUACUAGGCGGAAAGGACACUUUCCACGCAACACAGAUACUUGGUUGCCAAAGAGGCCCAAAUAAAACAAAGCAUUUAGCAAGCUUGAGGCCUGCUGACGGAACUGCCCUUGUAAUUCCUGAGUUAUGCAGCAAUUGCAGGCAGCUAAUAUCGUGGAAGACAAAAGUGUCCCGGUAUUUACAGAACCUAUUGAACAGAAGUGGUAUACUGUUUUUAUACUUUUGUUUGGCGUCAGGCAUACUUUCCUGAAACCAGUGCUUCCGAACCCAAAGGAGACAGGCUGGGCGCAAGCUGGAGAUCUACUGGUCCCUGCCUUUAUGACUCUCAAUUCAAACUCGGAGGCUUCGUUGGCUUGGUUUCAUUUUGGUGCACCACUGGCUGCGCAACUCUUCUCGGUAAAUGCAGAAGGUCACAUUUCGUGUGUACUGGGCAAUGUGGAUGCACUAAGGUCGAUGCUUACUGCUGCAUUAAACGUUGUUGUAACUCUUUAA